AUGUGGAAAACAGAAUUUUCAGAGAAGGAGCCUCUCUUCCCUUCAUCUGGACGACGAGAAGGUGACGCUGCUCACUCCGGGAAGCUGCUCUUGCCUCUGAAAUCAGAACUUCAUUGCAGCUCCUCACUCCGGGAAGCCACGCUUGCCCUGCUGUUCGCUACUCCCCUUCUACCCCUGAAGCCCUCUGAAAUCACUGCUUGGCGAUCGCUGGACGACGACGAGAAGAAGGUGACGUUCAACAUUCGACCCAGAUCUUCCUUUCAGGUUGAGAAUCGAGGCGGUGGCAAGUUUGUUUGGAUAGAUGAAGAAAUAAAUAGUCUUUCUACAUGCCUAAGUACACCAUCAUCUGGGUAUACCCAACCCUUAUCAUCUACAAUGACUAAUUCAUCACUGAUUAUGUAAGAGGGUUCUUGGAAGGAGCAAUUGUAGAAUAAAAAAAUCAUACAAGUAUGAUGAAAGCCAUCCUAGAUGCCAUUAACAUACUUCAC